CGCAGGUCUGUGGUGUCCCCCGCCGGGAGCAAACCCCUGGGGACCCCUGGCAAGAAGCGUUACCUGUGCCCCGCGCCAGGGUCGGGGUUCUGCUCCCCAGGUCCCACGGCACCCGGCCCCUUGGCGCCCGCCCGCUGCCAGAAGGAGAGAAGUGGUGGAAGAAGUCAAAGCGUCGGAUGAGCAUGGCCAGAGCCCGGCCAGAGAAGCAGAGUGCUUCUACCCUGGCAGAUGGAGGAGUGGGGAAGCCUACGGUGACCCUGGAGAUGUGGGACAACACAGAGGCUUCGAGCAGGAAGCGCCUGUCCCCGCGGGCCCCGCUGGCCUCCAUGGACUCCCUGGGCUCCCUGUUGGGGAGCAGGUCCUCUUCCCUCAGCUCCCUCUACUCUUUCCCGGAGCCCUGGCCCGGUGUGAUGGCGGAGCUGGCAGCGCUCACCCGCUCGGGGUCCCCCAAGGCUGCCGAGGGGCCGGUGGCGGAGCCAGGGCCAGCCCUUGGCCAGGAUCCCCCGCUGGAGCUGCCCCCGCGGACGGAGCAAGAGCGGGUCCCUGGGGAGGGCAAGGACAGGCCGCAGAGCCCCGUGGACGUGGAGCCGCCCCCCAGCAGCCGCCCAGCCAUGGCCAUGGCCACGGCCACAGCCACGGCCAAGGGGCAGCUUGUCCUCCAGCUCAUCCGCACUCUCCGGGACACCCAGGCAGUGGCCGAAGAGCAAUGCAAGCAGCUGCAGACAGAGCUGGCCCUGUGGCAAGGGGGGGCGGGGGUAGCCUGCGGUGGGAUCCCCCCUGGGGAGCCCUCCCUCCACCCCGCCAGGAAGGAGGUGCUGGUCCAGGUGGGGCUGCUGGAGACCAGAGCGUGGCCCCAGUGCCUUCAAGUGGAGCUGCCAUGGGUGGACGAGGAUGUGGAGGUGGACGUGGACAUGGACAAGGCUGCGGAUGGGGACGUGGAGAAGGACAAAGACACUGGUGCAGACAGAAGCAGCACCGUGGAGCAGGGCAGGAGGAGCCCCACAGAGCCAGGCAGAAGCAGCCCCAUGGAGCAGGGCAGGAUAAGCCCUAGAGAACCAGGCAGAAGCAGCCUGAGGGAGCCAGGCAGAAGCAGCCCCACAGAGCAGGGCAGGAGAAGCCCCAUGGAACCAGGCAGGAGAAGCCCCACGGAACUGGGCAGGCAGAGCCCAGUGGAGCAGGGCAGGAGAAGCCUUGAGGAGCUGGGCAGGAGCAGCCCCACGGAGCUGGAUAGGAGAAGCCCCACAGAGCCGGGCAGCAGCAGCCCCACGGAGCCAGGCAGAAGCAGCCCCAUGGAGCUGGGCAGGAGGAGCCCCAUGGAAGUGAAGAGGCACGGCCCCAUGGGCCUAGAGAGCAGCAACCCCAUGGGGCCAGGCAGGAGCACCCUGGCAGAGCGUGGUGCCCAGCAGCAGGUCCCCCCGGGCCGGGAGUGUGGCCGGGCAGCCCCGGGGCCGUGCUGGGCAGGACGGUGCCUGCGGGAGGGCUGCGCCUGGCUCUGGCGCUGCCUCAAGGCCUGGUGGAGACGCCGCUGCCGGCCCCUCCACAUCCGCUUCUGCAAGCCCCCGUGGUGGCAGCGCUGGUCCCAGAAGAGCAACAGGUUCCCCUGCUACUGA